UAUCACGUAUCGGUCGUCGUUUAAGGACGAAAGGACAGAAGUCCACUUCGCACGAAGAAGUUCUUGCUAUGAAGACGAUUCUCAUCUUCGUGACAGUGAUAGUGGGAGCUCUCGCGGCACCCCAGGUUAAUCCAAAUGACAUCACGAUAGUAAAGCAGGAGGAGCAAAACAAUAUCGGGGUAGGUGGAUAUCACUUCAGUUAUGAACAAAGCGACGGUCAAAAGAGGGAAGAAACUGCAGAAUUGAAAAAUGAGGGAACUGACAAUGAAUCCCUCGAUGUUACCGGUAGCUUCACAUUUACUGCACCAGAUGGUCAUACCUUCAGGGUUGAUUACACCGCCGACGAAAAUGGAUUCCGCCCUACCAUCAAUCUCGUUUCGAAAUAAGAACGACUAAGAACUGAAGUUCCGCGCUAAUCGUAUCUAGGACUUCCUGACUAUCGACACACGCUAGUAUAAGUGUAUGAAAACAUCGUAAACGCACAUUUUAAUUCGCAUGACACGUGAUUCACUAUAUUGUAAACUCGAUCGUUUACAAAAUUGUUGAUUAUUGAUUUGAAAUAAUCGCCUUAAUUUGUUCAUCUUUAUGUAUCCAUUGUUAUUAUGAUUAUUAAUGAAAUAUACCUAUUAUCUUUUCUCUAUCUUUAUUAACACUAAAUUCACAGUUUGAGAUAGAGACAUCAUUGAUGGUUAACAUUCACUACACACAGAUAUACUGUAUUUUCUAUAGUAUUAUAUCAAAAGUCUUAAUACAAUAAUAAACAAGUAAGCUUGAAGCUACUUAUUAAAACGAUCUUUUUUUGAAAUAAAAAUUAUGACAACAAUAUACAUUGUAAUUGCAGUUAUGAAAUACGUGCCAAUGCAUAAACAAGUUAUUUUGCAUAGUUCCGAGAAGCUACUGCUAAACAUUUUGAACGAGAGACGUUAGAGGUUCCACUCACGAUUCAUUUUUAGAGAGGCGACGACAAACCACUCAUUUACACAUUUUAAAAUUCGCGUGAAAAUGAGUAAUUAUUUUUAUACCCUUAUUGUAUGUAUGUAAUA